AUAUGCUGGCUCCCAUUUUAUCUCAGUUGCUCCCAGUCCUAGUGCACCGAAUGCACUACACGGAGGUCAACAUUAUUCUUCUGAAGGGCAAUGUGGAUACAGAUGACGAGGAGCCUGAUAGACCGCAGGAUAUCAGUCCACGUUUCCACAAGUCCCGCGCACACGUAAUAAAUACGGAAUUGGAAGAAGACCCCGACGACAAGUCGUUUUUGGAAUGGAACUUGCGUAAGUGCAGCGCUUCUUCCCUCGACAUGGUGGCUAAUAUUUUCCACGAGGAUUGCUUACCCGUCAUGCUGCCCAUCCUCAAGGAGACGCUAUUCCACCAGGAGUGGGUGAUCAAAGAGAGUGGUGUCCUGGCCUUGGGAGCUAUCGCGGAGGGCUGCAUGCAGGGCAUGAUCCAACACUUGCCAGAGCUGAUUCCCUACCUAAUAAGCUGUCUGUCCGACAAGAAGGCACUGGUGCGCUCCAUUACAUGCUGGACGCUCUCGCGAUACGCCAAUUGGGUGGUCAAUCAGCCGCACGACCAGUACUUGAAGCCGCUCAUGGAAGAGCUGCUGAAGCGCAUCCUGGACUCGAAUAAGCGCGUUCAGGAAGCUGCGUGCUCUGCCUUUGCCACUCUGGAGGAGGAGGCCUGCACGGAACUGGUGCCCUACCUGGAGUAUAUUCUAAAGACGCUCGUCUUUGCCUUCUCCAAGUACCAGCACAAGAAUCUACUGAUACUGUACGAUGCAGUGGGUACUUUGGCAGACUCCGUCGGGCAUCAUCUAAAUAAACCGCAAUACAUUGACAUCUUAAUGCCUCCACUAAUUGAUAAGUGGAACCUGCUGAAGGACAACGACAAGGAUCUGUUCCCUUUGCUGGAGUGCCUGUCGAGAAUCGCCAUUGCCUUGCAGUCCGGCUUUCUGCCCUACUGCGACCCGGUGUUUCGCAGGUGCAUCUCCCUCAUUGAGCAGACUAUGAAUCAGGAAAAGCUGUGGGAAGAAAACCCAACAUUAGACUACCCCGACAAGGAGGUCAUGGUAGCUGCCAUAGAUCUGCUCUCUGGCUUAGCCGAAGGAUUGGGCGGCCUCAUCGAGCCACUGGUGGCCAGCAGCAACAUAGUGCAUCUCCUCGACAAAUGCUUGCAUGACGUUAUGCCUGCAGUUCUCCAAUCUUCGCUUGCCCUGCUGGGUGAUUUGAGCAAGGCCUGUUUUUCCCAGGUACACCCCUUCACCGUCGAAUUCUUUUCGAGCAUAGUGAUAAACCUAAACUGUAGCUACAUCGAGGUGUGCAACAAUGCAAUUUGGGCCUUAGGGGAAAUGUGCUUGAAAUUGGGUGAGGCAGCCAAGCAGUACAUAUGGGUAGUGAUUAGCAACCUUCUGCAAAUACUCAACCGGCAGAAUAUUCCAAAAACUCUUCUGGAGAAUACGGCAAUAACAAUUGGUCGCCUAGGAUAUGCGUGUCCAGGUAUUGUGGCUCCCCAUUUGCCCGAAUUUGCACGGGUGUGGUGCACGUUACUACGUCAUAUACAGGACAACAGCGAGAAGUAUUCGUCCUUUAUGGGAAUGUGCCAUAUGAUCAGGGUGAAUCCAGAAGGCAUUAUGACCGACUUCAUAUUCUUUUGCGAUGCAGUUGCCUCGUGGGAGAAUCCCCCACAGGAUCUGCGACAGAUGAUUCAAAAUAUUAUACAAGGCUUUCAGGACCAAAUGGGUGGGGAGAACUGGCUAAGUUUUAGAGAUCAGUUUCCACCACUUCUGACCUACCGGUUGAACAACCUGUACAACAUCUGAUACCUAUCAGAACUUGACCAGCUAGCUUGAACCAUCAUUCUAAGUUAACGUUGAUUUUGAAAGCUAUACUAAAGGCAAACUAAGUAGCAACAAAAUAUGGAAAUAUUCAUAAAUAACA